AUGACUUGUCCGGAGCGACGACCGUCUACGGGCGGGGCAGCACCAUACAAAGUGUUCAUUGGAAAAUCCAGCCAUGGUGAAUUCAAGGACCAUGCAGGUCGCCAUUACGAUGUCGUCACUGAUCGAGCUGGCCCCAACGCGGCCAUCGUGAAGCUAAGCAUUCAAUUGUAUUGCUUGGGUAAACCGGAGUUUGAUCCUCACGCUAUGGGUUCUUCUCUUUUAAAUUCUCGUGCUGUUGUGAGCUGGGGCAAUGCUCGGAACCAUUGGCCUCGCGUCGAUGUAUACACGGGGUUUGACACCGUGGAAGAAUGCAUGGAGCACCACCGCCGUGAGAAAGCGUUUCGCAAAGACGCCGCCAAGAAGAUGAAAGAUGACGCGGUGACGGGAUUGUCGAAAGCCGAGGCAGAAAAAUUGUUGGCUACAAAGAUACAAGGAAAAGAACCUCUUCCGCAUAUCGUCCCGUCUUGGUGCGAAUGGCCCAGAUUUGUUGGGGACGGACGGAAUGUUGGAGAUCGUUACAAGAGCUGGAUCUUCGUCAUACCGGCAGGUCGAUCCUCAUGGGAAGACGUGAUACACCAUGGACUUCUGCAAGUCAAAUUUGAUCCGGACGUCUCUCCCACCAUGUCCGUCUCCGAGUCACCGAUGUUCGGGCGUACUUCGGAGGGAGAACAAGGCUGGGGUUUCAUUCAGAAGACUGAUAUCGAAAACCUCGAACUUGUUAAGACUCUGCACAUCUGCGCUAGGGAGGAGCAAGGGUCAUCAGAUCCAACCCCGGAAAGCGAUACGACACUAUUCAGUGCUUGGUACGAGGCUACAACGCAGCUUCAAGAUUGCACUUACAAGCCGAAGGGAUGCGAGGGCUGUCAGACCAAUGAGCCACAUGAUCUCUGUGAGGAGGAGAUGGAUGAGCACUUCAAUGAUGAGGAUGGGCACUGUGUUGCUUGUAGAAGAGAAGAAGAGGAACAGAAUACUCAGCCUACCUUGGAUGCUGUUGGCUUAUGA